AGCACUGUUCCAACACACAUACACUAAACCUCAAGAGAUACACAAGCCCAAAGCAGCUAGUUGCAGUCAUGAAGGUGUUUAUGGUACUAGUCGUCGCAGCGCUCUCUGGCUGCCAUGCCAACCUUUUCUAUGCUGAUGCUCCCAAGCCACAGUUGGAAGUGCUGACCGAUGUUUUCUGGGAUUACAUUGCCAAGGCCACACAGACAGCUGAUGAUACACUCCAGAUGAUAAGAAACUCUCCAAUUGGACAAGAAGUCAAUGCCCGGCUGACAGAAAGCGCUGACUUAGCCAGCAAGUAUGCAGUCACCCUCCAGGAACAGCUUCAGCCUGCAGCCCAGGACCUGAUCACCAAAGUUACCACAGAGGCUGAUGUGUUGAGAGAACGUGUCACGCAGGAACUAAACACAGUCAAGGAGAAGCUCCAGCCCUACACUGAGAACAUGCAGACCCAGGUUCAUCAGAGAGUGGAGCAGCUCAAGCAAGAGUUGGUUACUUAUGCAGAUUCCCUGGACUCUGAAGCCCUAAGGACCACCCUGAUGCAGAAGAGUGAGGAGCUAAAGACCAGCUUGGAGCAGAGUGUAAAGGAUCUGCAGUCUCAACUGGGUCCCUACACAGAUGACCUGAAGCAGAAAGUGGACCAGCACCUGCGGGACUUCCAAAAACGUGUUGCCCCUAUGACUGAAAAAGUCCAUGUAGCGCUCACUCACAGAGCACACCUGGUGAAACAAAUGGUUGCCCCUUAUGCAGAAGACCUUAAGGAAAAGCUUGACCCCUAUGCCCAAGACCUCCAGGCCCAACUCAUGUCCCUCUACCAGUCCUUUGUCAACACAAACUAAGUCACCCUCCAUCUACUAUAUCAUUUUCAAAGAUACCGGACUUGCUGGUCUACCUCUGUUUUGAAGAAAUACAAUAAUUGAAUAUCUGUCUUGUACUGUAAACAAUAUUGUGUUUGCACCCCACCCUCCACCGCAUU